AUGGCCACUGCAAGGCUUGAUUACGUUGCUCCGUGGUGGACAUACUGGCUUCACAAUUUCCCUCACUUCAAUUUCUCUUUCCAGACGGUGGACAACACUUUUAACCCGGAGGAGGCGAGCUAUCAGCAGUCUCUGAUAUUUCUAGCAUGUGUUGGUGCAGUGGGUCUGGGUCUGAGUCUGCUGGUUGUGGCGGUUUACCUGGUCUGCCUGUGUUGCUGCCGCAAGGAUAUGGAUGAUGACACCAAAAACCCUGAUACCUGCUGUGUAACCUCGGCUGCCGUCAUCACAGGUCUUAUCAUAUGUUCAGCUGUAGGAGUUGGUUUCUAUGGAAACAGUGAGACCAAUGAUGGCGUGUACCAGCUGACCUACUCACUCUACAAUGCCAAUCGAACAUUAGGUGGAAUCAACAAUCUGGUUGCAGGAUCUCUGGGUAAUGUGGAAUCUGGUCUGAAACAGCACCUGCAACGACUGGAUGAGAUCUUUGCAGCGAGGACCGACUACCUCCAAGCUCUUCGCUUCAUGCAACUGAUGAUCAACAACGUUAUCCGAGAGAUGACUGCGCUGCCGGACAUCAACCAAGCCAAUGUUGACGUGGGGGCCAUUGCAGAUCAAACAGCCCACAUUGAGUAUUACAGAUGGCUGACCUAUCUGCUGAUACUGAUUUUGGAUCUAAUCAUCUGCUUGGCCAUGUGCUUGGGAAUCGCCAAACAAUCUCGAUGGCUAAUUAUCACGAUCAUCGCUUUUGUAGCGCUGUCUCUGAUCCUGAGCUGGGCCUCUCUGGGAGCGGGCACUUCUACAGCUGUGGGCACCAGUGACUUCUGUGUGUCUCCAGACAAGUUUAUCGUUAACCAAACAAAGGAUUUCCUUAGUGCAGAUGUUGCACACUAUUAUUUGUUCUGCAGUCCGAAUCUACCAAACCCCUUCCAACAGUCUUUGACAGUAUGCCAGCGUUCUGUGACCACCAUGCAAAUCCAGAUCCAGGGUUUGAUGCAAUUCUCAGUGCCCCUCUUCCCCACUGCUGAGAGAGACCUUUUGGGCAUCCAGCGACUGUUGAACUCCACUGAGUUCAGUCUACACCAGCUAACAGCCUUGCUCGACUGCCGCGGGCUACAUAAGGAUUACCUGGAUGCCUUAAGGGGUGUGUGUUAUGAUGGGGUGGAAGGGCUUCUCUACCUCUCUUUGUUUUCUAUGCUUGCUGCCUGCGCACUCUCUGCCAUGCUGUGCGCAAUUUUCCGAGUGUGGACAGUAAUGAGCAACAGGGAUAAAGAGUACAUGGACAUAGAUGAAGAGGACCCGUUCAACCCCCAGGCGCGACGGAUAUCCUACAACCCUAGAAGGUCCAACAUCCACAGUUUCUGUAGCUAUACCAGCAGCCUUGGCAGCCAGGCCAGCCUUCAUCCAGCACCACAAUCUGCUUCUAAUGUCAUGCCGCCUCCAGAAUACAUGAAUCAGUCCAUGCUGUUUGGAGGGAGCCCUCGAUAUGAGAACGUACCACUGACAGGGAGAGGAUCCCCACCUCCCUCGUAUACGCCCAGUAUGAGGACUGCCUAUCUAUCUAUGACUGAUGCCCAGAUCAGACACUUUGGGUCUGACUUCCAGGUGCAGCCUACUACGUACUGAAUCCUUUUCAGAAAAGCAAUGUCUGAGACUCUGGGUUCUUACCAAGAAGGCUGUCUUCAUGGCAUAAUCCUGUUUAUGGGUGCUGCAGUAUGCCGUCUCAGUCUUCUUCAUCAGGAUAGCAGGCCAUAUGAGGCAAUUACCUCAGUAACACACCAAUGCAGUGCUCUCAAAGCAUGCAGUAUGCAUGUAGUUUUGCAAAGAG